AGUGAGAGUCAGGAGCAGUGCAGCAGCAGCAGAGAAGAUACAGUCAGUCAGUCUGUCAGCACCUGUCAUCAUGAAGAGGGCUGUUGUGUUCGCUUUUAUAGUCUGCUGUGCUGCUGUCUCAGCACUGUCAUUGGCGGAAGAUGAAAAGAAUUCCAAACCUUCUGCAACCGAGUCGUCUGCAGAAGAGUUUAGCGCCGAGCCUACAACCACACCUAAGCCAAAACCCAAGACAACCACCAAACCUACCCCACCUCCAAAGACAACCACUAAACCUACCCCACCUCCCAAGACAACCACCAAACCUACCCCACCUCCAAAGACAACCACUAAACCUACCCCACCUCUCAAGACAACCACCAAACCUACCCCGCCCGCCAAGACAACCACCAAACCUGCCCCACCCCCCAAGACAACCACCAAACCUGCCCCGCACCCCAACACAACCACCAAAGCUCCCCCCAAGCCAACCCCAAAACCAACGUCCAAACCAACCCCCAAGCCAACCGCCAAACCUACCCCACCCCCACCUCCUCCUCAACCUACUCCUUCUACCAACUUGACUGUCGGAAACUACACCGUGAUGGGAGACAAAAAAGAGAUUUGCCUGAGGGCUGAGAUGGCACUACAGAUCCGACUGGCGACACCAAAGGCCAAUGGAACUUUCAUUGUUCAACCAAAGGCUACCAAAGCAGAAGGAGGCUGUCAGGAUACCAAGGCCAACCUUACUCUUGUCUUCAAAGAGGGCUUCAUCACCUUCAUGUUCAACAAGAGCAAUGCUAAUAAUACUGUCUACGUUGAUUCAAUGAGUUUCUCCCUCUCCUAUCCCUUAAGCAAAGAACGCAAACUCCCGUUCACUGCCACCAACAAGUCAUUGCAUCUUUUUGCUGCAAAGAUCGGGCACUGCUACUCCUGCAAGAGUGACUCACUCUACAUGGGGGAUGGACUGUACCUGGAUGUCAAUCAAGACAGGAUGCAGGCCUUCAACCUGACCAAGAGCAACGACUUUGGCCUCCCUGACCCUUGUCCUGCUGACAGGCCUGACUACCGCGUUGCCAUUGCGGUGGGAGUGACGCUGCUGGUGCUGAUCGUUGUUGUGGUGAUAGCCUACCUACUGGGGCGCAGAAGGAGGGCCGAUGGCUACCAGUCUCUGUGAGCGACGCCGAGCAGACUUCCAUCAGAGGUCACACAGAGGUCACUCCCAUUAUAAAGCAAAGUCAGUGAGGCUGUGAUCUUUCUCGGGGGCUAAAGGGCACUUCAACUAAAGCCAAUGUGCCAUAUUUCUGUUCUUUAAUGCCUUGGUUUACCUACAGUACUGUUAAUAACAAUGUAUUAAUUAGACGUCCCAAGUAUGAAGGCCUUAGAGUGACACUGGGAAAGUUUAAUUAAUAAUUCACUAAUUAAAAAAAAUCAAUCAAUAAAUUGAUCAUUUAAAAUGCUGUUGUAAGUCAAUUAAUCAAAAUUUUAAAUAUGCCAAUUAUGGAGUCACAAAAUACAUUUUUAAAUGGCAUUUAGACAUAUCUUUUUAUUACACCAUUUACUUUUGUGUCUGUCAUAUUUCCUUUCACUUUUCAUCAUCUUCCCUCUUAAAGAUUUAGAUUUGUGAUCAAUUUUGAACACUUACACCUUCAUUGUGUUAAGUGUGUCACCUACUGGUUAGAUCUAAAGUCCAAGCCAUGGAGCAGCAGAUGGAGCCCUUAUUGGCCAACCAUGUGUUGACCAGCUGGAGCUCUAUCAGUCGCUCUGUUGGUUGGACUUUUGACCUAACUUUUAGGUCAUGAUGGCCAAAAUGUAACCUCAUGAACCAUUUUCUUUAUUUUCUGAGCCCACUAGGUGGUGCUCCUGGUUUAAAGAAAAAGGCUCAAGGAGUGGCAUUUUAGUGUACUUUCAACUGUUUGUUAAAUAGAAAGUGCCAUUUGGUGGGCUCAGAAAAUUAAGAAAAUGGUUCAUUAAGCUUCAUUUGGCCAUCACUACAUUUAGACGACACACUGCUUAAACAUCUUUAAGUUGAAUUUUUAAAAAAAUUAAAUGUUGAAAGUUUAGAUUUAAACACAAAAUGAUACUGUAAAGGUGAUAGCAGGGAACAAAUGAAUGGUGUGAUGGAAUGUGGUCUGCAGACAUGUAAGCAAAUGGAAUAACAAAAAGUGAAAUUUUUAAAACUUAACAAUUUAUUUUGUACUUUCAUGUUGAAAAUCAAUUGUUAAUUCAUUUUUUAAAAAAAGAGAACAAGGAUAAAGAAUCUGUCAAAUGUAAUUACAUAUAUAUUUAGAUUGAGUUUAAUGAUUUAAAUUGAAUUAAUCCAUUUAUUAUUCCAGUGGCACACUUUGGAUUCCAUACAUAUGGGUUUUGAAUGUCAACAUUGUAGAUUGUGGAUUUAACAUUCCAAUAGCCACUAUCCUGAUCAUUAUAAUUUUCUCAUAUGUGAGAACGACAUAAAGUUUGACCCCUGAGUUAUAUUCUCAUCAGGGUGGACAAGCCUCUGAAAUAACAUCUCUACAUUGGGACACUGAAAAUGAUGAUGCUAAUAUUGAAAUAUCUAUACAGACUGACAUCUUCAUAAAUACUGAAAGCAAAAACUGACCAAAAUGUCUCAUUAGAAUCAGUCAAGGUUAUUUUUUCUCCCAUAGACAGCUGGUGUAUUAGUGAUCAGCGCUGUGAUAAUGAUGUCAUUUUAUAUUCGGCUUUUAUCAAGAGGCACAUUGGCUCCUUUUAUCAGUCUAACCCCACGUUAUACUCAAACUGAGCAGUGGAAUCGGGAAGUAAGAUUUUAUCGUGUGUUCCAUUUAAAUUAUAUUUAGCUUGUCUCAGCAAAAACGCGAUAAAGUACGUUAUUUUUCUUCAUUGUUUUAAGACUUGUAAAUGUUUUAUUAUUCCUUGUUUGUUUUUUUUAAGAAUCAUCCAGGGUUUUAAUUUUUAAAAAGAAGGGAAGUUAUCCAAUCAUUAAUGUUACAGGUGAUUAUACUGUGUGUUAGCAUUAUUAAUAAGCAUAAAGGGAAAAUUAGAGGGUUGUUUUUGAGGGAUUAUUAAAACCUAGUCAACAAUAAU